AUGAGGAAAAAGCUCGACCCACGUAUUCAGGCGCUCAUCGCCAAUGGUGUCCGCACCAACCACCGCUCCUUCUUCGUCAUGGUUGGCGACCGCGGACGCGACAACAUUGUCAACCUUCACUACCUUCUGUCCCAGGCGCGUGUCAGCUCAAGGCCAAAUGUUCUCUGGUGCUACAAGAAGGACCUUGGAUUCACUACUCACCGCAAGAAGCGUGAGGCCAAGAUCAAGCGUGACAUCAAGCGAGGUAUCCGCGAGGCCAACGAGCAGGAUCCGUUUGAGCUGUUUGUCGCGGUUACUGACAUUCGCUAUGCAUACUACAAGGAUUCAGCCAAGAUCCUUGGUCAGACUUUUGGCAUGCUUGUCCUCCAAGACUACGAGGCCAUCACGCCAAAUCUACUUGCCCGGACCAUCGAGACGGUUGAGGGAGGUGGAAUUGUGGUGCUUCUUCUCAAGACCAUGUCCAGUUUGAAGCAGUUGUACGCCAUGUCGAUGGACGUUCACGCCCGCUACCGCACCGAUGCGCACCAGUUUGUCAAGCCGCGCUUUAACGAGCGCUUCAUCCUCUCCCUCGGCUCAAACCCCGAUUGCCUGGUGCUUGACGACGAGUUGAAUGUUCUGCCCAUCUCCAAGGGCAAGGACAUCGGAAUGCUGGGAAACUCGGACGAUGACCGUGGGCGGAAGAAGAAGGCGGAGGAACUCAAGGACAUGAAGGAGGACCUGGACGGCGUGGAGAUCGUUGGCCCACUGGCCAAGCUUACUAAAACUGUGGAUCAGGCUAAGGCCCUGCUCACAUUCGUGGAGGCGAUCUCAGAGAAGACACUGUCAUCCACCGUCGCGUUGACCGCCGGGCGAGGUCGCGGAAAGUCUGCUGCUCUUGGCCUUGCCAUCGGCGCCGCUUUGGCACAUGACUACUCGAAUAUUUUCGUCACAUCGCCCGACCCCGAGAAUCUGAAGACAUUGUUCGAGUUUGUGUUCAAAGCGCUUGACGCCCUCGGCUACGAGGAGCACAUCGACUACGACGUUGUGCAGUCUACGAAUCCUGAGUUCAAGAAGGCUAUCGUGCGCGUCAAUGUCUUCCGCGGCCAUCGCCAGACGAUCCAGUACAUCGCACCCGAGGACGCUCAUGUGCUUGGCCAGGCCGAGCUCGUCAUCAUUGACGAAGCAGCGGCGAUUCCUCUGCCACUUGUCCGCAAGCUUAUCGGCCCGUAUCUCGUGUUCAUGGCGUCGACCAUCAGCGGUUACGAGGGUACCGGCCGUUCGCUUUCACUGAAGCUCAUUGAGCAGUUGCGCACGCAGACGCGGCCAACCAUUGAUAAGGAUGGCGAGAGUAACGGCAAGACGACCUCAAGAGCUGGUGCUGCUGGCCAGGGCGGUGCUGGCCUCGUGCGAAGCUUCCGUGAUAUCAAGCUCGAUGAGCCCAUCCGUUACGCGCCUGGUGACGAGGUGGAGAAGUGGCUGAACCAUCUUCUGUGCCUCGACGCUUCGGUGGUUCCCAAGGCGGUGCCAGGCUCUGUUCAUCCCUCGGAGUGCGAGCUAUACUACGUCAAUCGCGAUACGUUGUUCAGCUACCACCCGGCGUCCGAGGUUUUCCUCCAGCGCAUGAUGGCGCUCUACGUCGCCUCGCACUACAAGAACUCGCCCAAUGAUCUGCAGAUGCUUUCAGACGCACCUGCGCACCACCUGUUUGUGCUCCUCCCUCCCCUUAAGGAGGAUGACACCUCGCUCCCCGAGCCUCUCGUCGUGAUCCAGGUUGCUCUUGAGGGUAACAUCAGCAGGGAGGUGAUCCUCAAGGAGAUGGCACACAGCGGCACUCGCUCAAGUGGUGACAUGAUUCCUUGGGUCAUCAGCCAGCAGUUCCAGGACAACGACUUCGCCAUGCUCUCGGGCGCACGUGUCGUGCGCAUUGCUACGCACCCCAGCUACAUCAGAGGAGGAUACGGCGCGCGUGCUCUUGAAGCUCUGGACUCCUUCUACUCGGGCAAGCUGACGGACGUGGACGCCGUGGUACCGGAUGCCGCCGAGGAUGCCUUUGUACGUGACUCCAAGAUCAGCGCGGAUGCGUCUUUGGCCACAGACACCAUCACGAUCCGUGACGCAGCCCGCAUGCCGCCUCUUCUCCAGCGCCUGAGCGAGCGCGCGCCCGAGGCUCUCGACUACCUGGGCGUGUCGUUCGGUCUUACUCCCGACCUUUUCCGUUUCUGGAAGAGGGCCGGUUACGUGCCCCUUUACGCGAGCCAGAAGGAGAACCCGUUGACGGGCGAGUACACGCUCGUGAUGUUGCGAGCGCUUUCCUCGACGAUCGCCGAGGCCGAGGGAUGGCUGGGCGCAUUCGCCACCGACUUCAGGCAGCGAUUCUUGAACCUGCUCAGCUAUGACAGCUUCAAGAAGCUGAGCUCGAAGACGGCCCUUAGCGUAGUCGAUGCGGCAACACGGGAGGGCGAGGAGCGCAAGGUUUUGAGCUCUGACGAGCUGAAUGCCCUCAUCUCGCCUUUCGAUAUGAAACGUCUCGAGUCGUACGCCGACAGCAUGGUCGACUACCACAUGGUUCUCGACCUGGUCCCUACCAUUGCGAUGCUCAUCUACAGCAAGCGCCUGCCCGACCUCGGCCUCAGCUAUCUGCAGCAGACGAUCCUUGUCGGCAUGGGCCUGCAGCGCAAGAGCCUCGAGGUGCUCUCGUCCGAGUUCGACAAGCCCAGCCACCAGAUUCUUGCCAACUUUGGGAAGCUCCUCCGCCGCAUCACCAAGGUCCUGCAAGACAUCCACCGCGCAGCAAUGGAGGAGAGCGAGCCCGUCGUGGCGCAGCCGACAUUUACGCCCGCGGUGAUGACGGUUGAAGAGGACAUCAAGGAGGCCGAGCGGGAAGAGCGCGCGCGAGUGGCGGACGGCCCCAAGAGCGCUCAGCGCGAGCUCCUUGAUACCCUCGACAUGCGGGAAUACGCGAUCAACACCGAGGCCGACUUCUCAACCGCGGAAAAGCAGGUACGCGCCCUCGCGACUGCAGCACCGCAGGAGCGCGCGCGACUCAAUACCACCGUCAGCAUCAAGGGCGCAGCGCCUGUUGAGGAGCCCAAGGAGAAGCAGGAGGGCAAGAAGGAGAAGCGGAGAGAGAGCACGGGCGGUGCGGGAGGCAAGCGCAAGAAGGCGAAGCGCGACUAGGCCACUACAUUGAACGUCAUCAAUACCAACUGUAUGCAUCAGAUUCAUCUUCACCCG